UGAUCUGAUUGGCUCAAAUUUCAUGUCCAUUUGGAUUUUGAAAAAAAUUGACCGCGUGAUCAACCGCCGCCUUCGCCGCGGUCACCUGGACACCAAUCGUUUGAGGUUUUCAGAGGACAAUCAGGUUCUACUCGCUUUGAUGGUGGAGGAAGAGACAGAGGACGAGGCAGCGUCGUGCACCGCCCAUGACGUGAUGCGAUCCCUCUUGUCGAGUGGUUGCCGGUUGGUAUGUGUUGACUUUGACUCGACGUUCCUUCAAAUCCAUACGAAUGGAGAGUGGUCACGACCAGCGAAGGAAUUACUUCCUCAUGUUCGUCCGUUGUUUGCUCGGUUAUUGCCGCUCUUGGCCGCGCAUGUCGCACUGGCUGUUGUGACGUUCUCUCCACAAGUUCCACUCAUUCGAGAAGUGUUGAGUCUGUGCUUUGGCCCGACGGUAUCCGAAUCCAUCAUUGUUCGCGGAGACGUCGAAGGGUGGACGGUAUCUCAAGACGACGCCGUGCAGUUUACAGGCAUCGACGGCCAUCACUUGUUGCUCCAUCGCCGCACGAAGCUGCCGUAUGUGGCGUCCGCGGCCCUGGAAGCAUCGUCGUCGUGCGAGCACCCAAUCCGCAGCCAUCACACCGUCCUCAUUGACGAUUGCCAAGACAACGUGUUCCUCGCCGCACAGUGUGGCAUUGCUGCCGUUCAUUACGACCCCGCACAGUUCCCACAGCACAUCCACGCCGUCUUAAAGCGGCGAAAACGCCGCCGCACGCUGGAAUCCAGCAAGCUGUCGACGGCCGCUCCACCACGGACUUCCACAAGUUCGCCCACUCCAUCUCCCCGGCGACUGAGCAUUCAAACGUCGCUUAGCGGGCCACGUACAUCGGUGCUGUCGGCAUCCCGUUCAGUGCUAAGUCCUGCUCGGCCGAGCGAGGCGGCUGUUCCGAGACAACACUAUUGCACACCGUCUCCGGUGACGAAAUUGCGCGUGACCAACAGUAUCGGCAAACCCAAACCCAAGCGCUACACCAAGCUUCUCAAGGACGCGAUGGGGGCUGCCCCAAGCACCAUGAUUGUGUCCGCUUCUGCAGCAGACGAUAAAGCUCUCAUCCCCAACGACGCGCCACUGCUGGCAAAGGCGGAGGAGAUACGAGACGACAUCGUGGCGACGCAGAUCAACUGGGCCGAACACAUCGAUCGCCCCGAACGCGCUUCCCUAGACGGUGUUGCAUGCCAAGACAACGUGUAGGCGGUGUGGGAAGCCAUCUAAAUAUAACACUUUUUUUCGGCA